AAUAAUUUUUUUUUUAAAUUGAGCGCCUUUUGUGAAUCUGGCACUGAAUGUACUAAGCGUCGGAGGAACAGGUGAAUGGAUCGGAGGACGAGUCAUUCCGUGUGUGUAUCUAGGGUCGUGCAGCCCUUACCCUGGUCCCAGCCUCUUCCUAAAGGUGUACAUUUCUGGAGACCCCGAGAUGUGCAGGGCUGCAGGGGUUAGGCUUUCCCGCCGUCCCCCGGAGUGCGGCUCCCUCGUGAGGCCACGUUUCUCCUGCCUCUGAAACCCGCCACCGACCAUAUAAGGAGCGGCAGCUGCCGGGGCGUCGCCAGCAUCUAAAGAUAGCGACCCCGGACUCGGACUCCCGACGCCACUGGGCUGCGGGAGCCGCCAUGGCACAGCAGCAUGCCCGGACCCUGUGGUACGACAGGCCCAGGUACGUGUUCAUGGAGUUUUGUGUUGAGGACAGCACCGAUGUCCACGUGCUCAUAGAAGACCACCGCAUUGUGUUCAGCUGCAAGAAUGCCGAUGGAGUGGAGUUGUACAAUGAGAUUGAGUUCUAUGCCAAGGUGAACUCCAAGGACUCGCAGGAUAAGCGCUCUGGCCGCUCCAUUACUUGCUUUGUGAGGAAAUGGAAGGAGAAAGUGGCCUGGCCUCGGCUCACCAAGGAGGAUAUCAAGCCAGUGUGGUUGUCUGUGGACUUUGAUAACUGGAGAGACUGGGAAGGGGAUGAAGAGGUGGAGCUGGCUCAGGUGGAACAUUAUGCAGAGCUUUUGCAGAAGGUCAGCACCAAGAGACCUCCCCCUGCCAUGGACGAUCUGGAUCCAAAUUUGAAUUUGACAAAGAAGAUUGCAUGUUCUUCUCCAGGCUUAAGAAAACCCCAGAUGAUUCUGACAGUGCCGAUGCAACAAGUAGUUAACUUCUGCACGGUAGACCUGUGGGGGAAGCUGUGGCCGUCUUCCUGUCAUUCUGACAGGCUAGGGCCUGGGCCUUUGUCCAGCUGUUUGGCUGAGCACCAAGGUCCUCUGGGAUCUCAGAUCUUUCCUCGAAGCUCUUAAUUGUCCUCCUUCAUGCUUUAUUUCUUUUCCCUAGGCACUUGACUAUGGCUGCUACAUCAGAUGGCAGAAUAGCAGAGGAGUAGACUGGUGGGACUGCUGACUUCCUACCAACUAGCU